AUGCCAUCUCAAACGCUUGUAGGCGUGGUCCUACUGGCAAUUGUGCUCUAUGCGAUCAAGCUUGUGAUUUUCCGCAAAAAUGCCCCCGGGUCUCUACCCCCAGGUCCAAAGGGAAAGCCAAUUAUCGGUAACAUCUCAGACUUGCCUGCUCCGGGGACAGCAGAUUGGGUGCAUUGGCUGAAGCACAAGGAUCUCUAUGGACCAAUCAGUUCAAUCACGGUCAUGGGUCAAACCAUCGUGAUUUUAAAUGACAGUCGCAGUGCAACGGAUCUUCUCGGGAAACGCUCGGCAAUUCAUUCGUCGCGACCCAACCUAGUCUUUGCAUCAGAGAUGGUCGGUUGGGAACAUAUUAUGGCGAUGCAAACCUAUUCAGACCGAUUUCGCGCUUAUCGUAAGGCGAUGCAACCUUAUCUCGGACAUGAAGCCGCCGUAGCGCAAUACAAUUCAUUGCAAGAGAUCGAGUGUCAUCGGUUCUUACUUCGGGUGUUGAAAGACCCGUCGCAGCUUUCUCAGCAUAUCUCAACUGAGGCUGGAGCAAUUAUUUUGAAGAUCGCAUAUGGAUACACGACUGAUCCACAUAAGUUAGAUCCAUUGGUUCAUAUGGCGGGUUUGGCCCUCGAGCACUUUGCCAUUGCAGGAACCCCGGGAGCCUGGCUUGUCGACAUGAUUCCGGCUUUGAAAUACGUGCCCUCCUGGUUCCCCGGAGCGGGUUUCAAACGCAAGGCACAAGCAUGGAAGAAGAACCUCGAGAAUACUGCCGACAUACCUUUUGAUUUUGUGAAGCGGCAAAUGGAGAGCGAGAAAUCCAAGCCCUCCUACCUCUCUAAUCUUUUCAAGGCCGAAGGCUAUCCAGCUGCUGGCAGCGAAGAGGAGACUGUCGCAAAGUGGACCGCGGCGUCGCUGUACACAGGUGGUGCCGAUACUACUGUCUGCUCCGUCAAAACGUUCUUCUUGGCUAUGACCCUGUACCCCGAAAUCCAGCGUAAAGCACAAGAGGAAAUUGAUCGAGUAUUGGGCGCCGGCCGACUUCCCAAGAUGACUGACCGCGCGAAUCUUCCGUAUAUUGAUGCUGUUGUGAAGGAGACUCUUCGCUGGCAUCCAGUUGCACCGAUGGGUAUUCCCCACAUGUCUGUUGAGGAUGACAUGUAUGAGGGCUAUCACAUUCCUAAGGGCUCUUUGAUUAUGCCCAAUAUCUGGGCUCUGACUCAUGAUCCUGAGGUGUAUCAUGACCCAAUGACCUUCAAGCCUGAGCGCUUCCUGGGUGUCGAUGGCCGUGAGCCUGAAAUGGAUCCUCGCGGUGUUGUUUUCGGUUUUGGACGUCGCGCAUGCCCGGGUCGACUCUUGGCUGAGAACACGGUGUAUCUGAGUGUUUCUCGGUCAUUGGCUGUCUUCAAUAUCAGUAAAGCGGUUGAGAACGGCAAGGAGGCGGAAGUUAAGGCAGAAUUCCAGCCUGGUGUGAUCAGCCACCCGGUUGCGUGGAAAUAUGAUAUGAAGCCUCGUAGCUCUGUGCACGAGGCCUUGAUUCUUUCCGUGGAGACAGAGCAUCCAUGGGAGGAGAGUGAUGCCGCUGCGUUGAAAGUUUAA